AGUGACCAGUUUGAAACCUGGAAGUUGUAGUAAUCGUUCGUUGAACCUUGCGGCCUAUUCUGAGGCGACGCGUGCUCAGCUGACGUUUGAUGAAAUGUCGACGAGAUGGAAAGUAUGAGUUCGUGUCUCCGAGAAGUAGGGCACUCGUGGUGGGAGAUGCCAGUUCGAUGUUGUGUUAGCCUGUUACUUAGGCCAAUGCUAUUGUUGGUAUGCAGAAGAGUUUCUCCAUGUAAUAACACUACUGUGCUAUGGGGACAGAAUGACACAUUAUUUCAAUCUCAGUACAACGUUCUCUCGGUCUAACCAGCUGGAAUUUGUGGCGUGUUUUCAGCCCAAUUCGAUGUAGGAUGGUCUAUCAGCAGGAGAAAAUUAUGCAUCAUUUCUGCUUCAGAAGCUCAAGUGUUUUUUCUAAAUCUACAAGUUUCCUUUGCCUAAGGAGGAUGGCCUAUGUCAUAGUAUUUUCUGUGCUAUAUAUGGAUCUUGUGUGGUUCUUUGGUUCCUUUUUCUGAACAGGGGUACAAAGAUGCGCUUAUGGAGGUUCAGGCUUUAAGAGUGAACUACAGUACUGAGUCCAAGAAGCGAGAAGUCCUUGAGGCGAAUAUUACAGAUCUCAAGGGAGAUAAUGAGCGAUUAAGAAGACUUUACACUGAAACUUUGUUCAAGUUCACCAACCAGGUGAAAUUUCAUGCAGAAUCUCGAAGCCUGAAGGAAGAACUGGAAAAGGCAAAUAACAGAUUGCUAUCCAUGGAAGCGGAGCAUAAGAGGGAAAUCGAGCAACUUAAGCACAAAAAUGAAAUGCACAGCAAUGCCCUGGAGAGCGGGCUCAGCUGUGCUCUCGUUCAGCAAGCAACAGAUGAAAUUGCAACGGAGCAACUGAAGUUGGAGCUAGGUGCUCAUAAAGCUCACAUUGAUAUGUUAAGUAGCAGGUUGGAGCAGGAUGCUGAUGUGCAUUUGCAGUAUAGAAAUGAGAUCCAGGAUUUGAGGGAUGUAAUUGCUGUUGAACAGGAGGAGAAAAAGGACAUGCAUAGGAACCUUCAGAAUGCAGAAAACGAGUUGAGGAUUAUGAGGAUGAAGCAGGCAGAGCAGCAAAGGGAUUCCAUCUCGGUCCAGCACGUGGAGACGCAGAAGCAGAAGGUCAUGAAGCUCCGGAAGGAGAACGAGUCCCUGAAGAGGAGGUUGGCGAGCUCUGAACUGGACUGACUGCUCAUGAAAACUGCAUCUCAAGCGUCAGAACCUUCCGACGCUGUAAUUUCUAUCCCCAUCCACAUGUCAUAUCAUGCUAGAGGUCAGACUUGGGCAAUUGGACAUCUGAGAUGUAGACACAGAACAGGAGUGUGAGUGGUUGAGUACCAUGCAGUUUCUUUCCCAUUUUGCCGUCGUAUGGAUGCACAAACAUUGUCUCAACCGUUCAUAGUCAUAUUGUAAUGUUCACAAUAUUUCAAUGGCAGUGUUCUUUCAAUAGUUCA